AUGAUCGGAUAUCUCAGCAUUAGGGCAUAGAAUUUGAGCUGUGAAACAAACCUACCCGAGUGUUUCGCAUAAUAUCACACACUUCCCUUUGUUUUGCGAUAAUUCAAACAGGUUUCUCCACGGCGGCCAUGGGAACGGUAACAGCCCCAUGGAAGCAGCUGCUUCUCAACGCAUUAGACUGCAAUUCCAGCCUCAAGCAUUCUUCUUUCUUCCAACUCGCAACCAUCGGAUCCAAUGGCAGGCCCUCCAAUCGCACUGUUGUUUUCAGAGGAUUUCUGGAGAACACCGAGAAGAUCCAAAUUAAUACUGAUAGUAGAAGUCGCAAGAUAGAUGAUCUCAAGCAUUGCCCAUAUGCUGAGAUAUGUUGGUAUUUUACUGAAUCUUGGGAGCAAUUCCGGAUUAAUGGAAGAAUUGAUGUCAUUGACGUGUCAUGUCCUGAUCCCGUGAAGCUUCAGCAAAGGGAGAAAGCUUGGUUUGCUUGUUCUCUAAAAUCAAGACUUCAGUACUUGGGGUCUGAUCCUGGUCUUCCCUCACUUGCUGAACAACCAUUGCCAGAGUCCUCUUUAGAUCCCUCUGCCAGACCGGUUGAUGCAUUCUGUUUGCUAAUUCUAGACCCUGACCAGGUUGAUUAUUUGAAUUUGAAGAGCAACGAAAGGCGAGCCUUUUCAUCCAGGCAGACUGUCAACAGAGAGAAGUUUUGGACCUCAGAGAGCAUCAAUCCAUAAUUUUUAUCUUCCAUUGUAAGAUUCUAAAAUGACAGUUACUUGCCAUUGAGCUCACUAAAUUUUGAUGAUUAAUUGUAAUGAUCCUAAUGAAAUUCAGAAUCGUUCCCACUGCCGAGCUAGAACCAAAAAAGUGCAAAUAUAUAUAUACACAUAUAUGGACUAGAAGAGGGUGUGUUGUAAUGUGCACGACCAUGCUGUCAUUUAGAUGUACGACUGUCUGAGAAAUACACCAAUUCUGUGGUAGGAGCAAUGGACCUAAGACUUUUCAUUGA